UCUGAAAACAAAAUGUCCUAUAUAACAGAACUUGGGUACGUCUACUGUGAUCAGAUAACCGCGAUUAUUCAAGCGUGGCUAUUUUAAACGGCAAGUGAGUACAAUGAGUAUUUGCUUAUGCACAAGAAAUCUUUUGAAGUAUCUGGACUUGUGUAUUUUUGGUUUACAAAACAUCUAUGAUCGUUAAUUCAUAAUGAAAAUCAGAUAAUUUUCAAUUUUUUCUCAUUUUUAUACGCCCAUUUUUAGACAUGACAUGUUAAUGUACAACGAUUUGUUUGGUGAACUCCUCUCAGAGUUUUCAAGUGAGAACCUUUAUUUUACAAAGUGUUUAUAUGGGUAUUAAUGGUGUGCAUGUGGCAAGGAUUUUUUAUUUUUGUUUCAAUUUUUGAGAAAAUUACAGGUUAUUGAACUUGAAUUAUUGCAUAGAGAGUCCAGACGUUUUGAAUAUUGAGAGGUUGUUGAAAUUGGUCAAAUUUGCGGAAAUAUUUUACACACAGAACUUUUAGUUUGUCUAUCUGCCUCCUGUCACAGAUACUACCUGAAGCAAAUUUCCACUCAAGAAAAACACCCUAUGUAAGCAUUUUCACGGGCGUAUUACGUACUGUUUGCGGCACUCUUGUUCCAAAUGCUACGUAAAUCCAAAGAACAGCGUGAACAUUUUAUAACAGGUAUGUCACAAACUGCAGUAAGACAGACUGGAAACUACCCAGAAGACAGUAAACCUUCUCUGGAGACGUUUACAGAUCACCGCAUCCACUGAUGAUCGGCCCCGUAGCGGCAGACCCAGAGUUACAUUAUAUGUACGACCCCUAGAGUAGCUGCAGAUCUGUAGCGUUAUGGUUUUAUAUUCUUGUCUAUGGUCAAAGACAAGAAUAUAAAACCAUAAUGCAACAGAUCUGCAGCUACCCCUAGAGAAGACACUUGUUACAUUUGCGGAACAGAAUUUUAAUUGCGGUAAACACGGCUCAGAAUGCUUUAGAGGAAGGAACUAGUGCUCAGACGGUGCGGAACUGGCACAAACGUUGUGCUUUGAACACCCAUAGACCGUAUUAAGGGACAGAACUCAGAUAUCGGCACGAAAGAGCUCGUGACUUCGGGCGCGCCAUCACUUGCGCUUCCGACUGCAAGACUGGACAAAGGUGAUGUUCAGUGAUGAGUCCCGUUUUUGUUUGAAAGUUGUCGACGGUAGGACCCGCGUCUAGAAGAGACAUGGAGAACGAUUCCGCUGUUGUAGUAGACGGAAGUAGACAGAUUUGCGGGGGUGGAAGUGUAAUGAUUUAAGGAGGGAUUUGUGAAAGAAAUCACACUCGAGUCGUCGUACUGAAGUUUGAAGCAUUAUCAAAUGUAUAUUUAGGCCUUUGUGAAUAAUAUUGUAACAUUAGAAUCUUAUGAUUACGGAAUAUAUUUAUAAAAAUUUUGAUCGAUUGAAUGUUGUAACUACCUGUAAACAGUUAAGCCAUCUUAGUCUAAAGUAAUUAAAACAGUUAAUUUAAAAACAGUUGUUCGAUAGGUUUAAUUUGUACAAAUAGGUUUAGGAAAUACUGUUGUAAUGAUGUAACAAUGAAUUUGAUAUUGAAAACACUAAUGUUGUUAGUAAUUAUUUUUUUUUUUUUGUUACUUGCGCUAAUGUAUAUUUUCACCACAGUAGUAUUUACAUGUAAUUCAAUUCAGUGUCAGCGAAACCGAAUUUUGAGUGAAACGGAACUCAGUUAUGUGCACUGAAUCAUUUUAGAAUACUGUUAUAAUUGAUUAAUCUAGGACAUUUGAAAACAUAUCAAAUUGAUGGGGUGUCCCCCGGGGGCUGAAUAGUUCCGACCUCAUGAUUAACUAAUCAUUAAUUAAAUGUCUCGGGUUAGCGGUCAGUCUCGUGACAGAGGUGUGACAGUAUUCCCCAGAUAACGGUGAAUUGGACUGCCGUCUCCAACUCAAUGUCGCCGAGACUGAGACUGCUCGAUAGUGAUAGACAUCACGGACCACGGAUAUAAAACGGACCACCACAGAAGAGUCCAGCACUUCCAAUUUUUAUUGCUGAACUUAUUAGUACGACAGAAAGGAAUCUCACGAAUACUAAAGGAAAAUGGAUCUCUGCAACUCACGACUGAAUUUGGUGGAGAAUGACUUCUUGAAAGUAUCCGAGUUCGAGUAUGAUAAUGAAGGGUGUUCCUCUGGUUAUGAUUCGGCCACAGAACAGUCCAACUUCGACAAGGAAUCUGAUACACCAAUCUCCGAGGCCAGCAUAGACGAAGACCCAACCGCUGAAUCGGAAGUGAUGAAAUACAGAAGUACCCAAGAACUCUGCAACUCCCUCCAGUACAUUAUCUCACUUCCGGAUCUCUGUGACGUAAAAUUCCUCGUUGGAGAUAAACGUGUUCCGGUUUAUGGUGUCAAGGCAAUUCUAGCCACGAGAAGUCGCAUGUUCUACAACCUAAUCCUGGAGGCUCAGCGACAGUCGCCUGUGUCAAAGAAAUCUAAAAAGAAGAGCGGAAAGAACAAAACUCUCUCCAACCACGUUGCUAUUGAAAUCAACAACUACCAGCCGGCAGAUUUCAAGGAACUUAUCAACUUUGUGCACUGUGGGAAAGUUAACAUUAGAAAUUCAAAUGUGGCGGGGCUAUACUGCGGUGCUUCCGAGUUUCAUCUUCCUGAAUUGAAGAUCGCAUGUCGAGACUUCACAAAAAGAUCUAUGAGGAAUGGCAACACGGCAGUCAUCCUGAAAUCAACGAAAAUCUAUCUUGAUCGUCAUCGCGCUGGCAAAACGUUUAUGGAGAAAAUUCGGGGUUAUCAAAAAUCCAUGAAUGGCUGAGAUAGUGGUAACUUUACCCAGGAUAUGCUCAGUACCAGUCCCCAUAGAUCAUCUUGAUGAAGGACAGCACCCGUGCAUUACAUUGCACCUGACACGAACAAAUCGUGAAAGAAGAGGUCAGUGCACAUGCAUACUGACGAAGUGAGGUGUUCCGAAUGAAGAGAAAAAACACUCUACCGUCCCCAGUGGACAGACACGUGUCUUACGUUGUUGCUCGAUAUUUCACGUAUCAGAUUUAUGAAAGUGAUUUGUACAUUUAAAACAAGUGCAAAUAAAUUCCUCUUCAGAUGUUUAUCA